GCCAUGAAUACCACGUCGGGAGCGCAAACUUGAUGACAAUGGAAGGCAUGGCUUGAGUGAAUUGCGACAAAUAUUCCGCUUGGUGUUGUGUCUUCGAAGUGAAUAAUUGUUGCAAGUCCAAUCGAAAAUUAAAAAUUCGCUUAUAUACCAUAAACGGAUUACGCUACUCCACCGGUGCUCCAUAAAUUAUGGAGGAAGGCACGUUGUGCAAUAUACGCGAAGGUGCUGAAGUUCUCCGUCGAAUCCGGUCCCCAAGUUUCCAUAGUGGUCUAACGAAUUUUCAUGACCUUAUCCUCCCUCAGCAUUCGAUAUAUAUUUCGCUAAUUGGCUUAUAGCGACGUUUCCGGUGAAAAUCUAACCAGCCGCCGACUUAAAAAUCAAUUGUCAAUUGUCUAAGGUGUGAAUUUUGAAUUCUAGCUUCAGUCGAGACUGGUCGUGCCAAGUGGCCUUCCUAAGUGUUUCAAGAAAUUAGUGAAAAGAUGCGGUUAAUGACGGUAUUAGAGAGUGGCACGCAAGGCGCUGAAGACGAUUUUGAUUUUGAUCAAAUGCAAAUGCUCCGCACAGAAAAUGGGAACAAGUGGAAUCAUGGAACAUGGUGCAAGCCGUCAUGCAUCCCCAUCACUGUGAUAUUAACGCUGAUAGUACUUGUCGUAUUACUUCCAUUACUAGAACACACUAACGAUAAGUUAUUGCAUACGAAAGCAAAUGGGUCCUUAUACGUUUGUACUGAUGUUUGCCGUAUGCAGCUAGUCGAAAGUAUUCCAGAAGGUCUCGAUUAUCCUGACGGAAGCCCGAAAUUUCCGUCCACGUAUGAGGCCUGGAAAACUCUUAUAGGCUUAGCGAACAAGUCAAUCGAUAUAGGGUCAUUUUAUUGGACAUUACGCGGAUCGGAUGUCUACAACCAUUCGUCAGCCUGGCAAGGCGAAAAAAUCUUCCAGCAGAUAUUGAAUAGUGGUACGCAACGGAAAUUGCGGAUUCGUAUAGCGCAAAAUGCUCCAACACAACAGCAGCCAAACUUAGAUACCGAAUAUUUAAUUAAGCGCAAAGCGGCCGAAGUGAGGUCAGUUAAUUUUCUAAAAUUACUUGGCGGUGGUGUCCUUCAUACGAAAGUGUGGAUAGUGGAUGAACAACAUUUUUAUAUUGGUAGUGCUAAUAUGGACUGGAGAUCACUAACGCAAGUAAAAGAACUGGGUGUUUUAGCAACGAACUGUACAUGUCUGGCAAAAGAUAUAAUGAAAAUUUUCACCGUGUACUGGACAAUGGGAAAGAAUAAUUCGCAUAUACCAGCACAUUGGCCCGACGAGCUCAGCACAAAAAUAAACAUAGUCACUCCGUUGCGUGUACGAGUGAAUGGCGAAUAUGAUUUUAAAAUAUUUCUUUCGAGUUCACCACCUCCAAUGAGUCCACGUGGGCGAACACAGGACGAAGAAGCCAUAGUGAAAACAAUCUUACGAGCUGAAAAGUUUGUGCAUAUCUCCGUAAUGGACUACUUUCCGUUGAUGAUUUAUUCACCGAAACUUCAGUAUUGGCCUCUUAUCGAUGAUGCCUUGCGAAAAGCUGCUAUCGAACAUAAAGUUUCCAUAAAGCUGUUAAUAUCCUGGUGGAAUCACUCCCGACCAGCUGAAGAUCACUUUUUGCAUUCUUUACAAAGUCUAUCUGGCUCCUACAAAGGAGUCGAUAUCCAAGUGAGACGUUUCAUCGUUCCCUCCACUGAAGAUCAGGCGAAAAUUCCGUUUGGUCGCGUUAAUCACAACAAGUACAUGGUGACUGAUAAUACGGCCUACAUUGGAACAUCUAAUUGGUCUGGAGACUACUUCGUCAAUACAGCCGGUAUUGGAUUCGUCCUGGAAGAUCCUGAAUAUGAAAGGAACGGAACUGAGGAAACAAUAAGGACACAAUUGGCAAGCAUUUUCGAAAGGGACUGGAAUAGUCGUUACGCUGUAGAUUUGAAGGAUCCAUGAAUUAUCCUUUAACUUGGCAAAGAAUCGAAAAUACCAUGUAAAUAUUAUCGUUUUUUUUAAUAAACGUCAUUCAAAAUA